AUGAGUAGGAAACAUAAGUCGAUGAAACUCGAGGAUGCUCUGUGGGCAUAUAGAACAGCCUACAAGACUCCCAUUGGCACACCUCCAUACAAAGUGGUUUUUGGUAAGGCGUGUCUUCUACCGGUUGAACUUGAGCAUAGAGCUUAUUGGGAAAUAAAGAAGCUAAACUUAGACAUGAUACAAGUAGCACUGCUCUAUAAUUCCCGUCUAAAGAUCUUUGGUGGGAAGUUGAAGAGUAAGUUGUCUGGGCCAUUUGAGGUAGUGUGUGUGACAACACAUGGAGCGGUUGAGCUAAAACCGCUGGAUUUUGACGAGUCAUUUUUAGAGAAUGGGCAACGAGUGAAGCACUACUUUGGAGAGGUCAUUGAUCGCGAGUGGACCUCGGUGGAACUGGAAGAGGCUUAA